AUGCUUCAGUCACUCUUUGAUAAAUGCUAUAACAUUUGCAAAGCAAGUUGUUGUUCUUGUUGUUGUGGCUACGGGAAUAGGUUAAAUUCAAUUAUAGUAGUUAGGACAAGACAUUAUAAGAUUGAAAAACUAUUGAAAGAAAGUCCAUUGUCUUUCAUUUACUUGGUAACUGCUCUCGAUGGAGGUCCGCCACCAAUUUCAGGUGCAUUAGUUUCUGAAGACACCACUAACGAUAAAAAUAAAAUAUUUGUAAUCAAACGAAUACAUUGCCCCUUUGGUGAUAUAGAAAGCGUUUCAUAUGCAAUGAGAGAAAUUGAGAAUUAUAAAAAAUUCAAAAACAAGUUUAUCAUGAGUUGCUUAGAUUCUGAAUUGGUUCAAAAUUUAGAUGGAUCCAAGACGUGUCACAUCUUAUUGCCAUUUUAUCCAAUGGGUUCCUUACAGGAUGCAAUAAAUAGACAUAUUUUGAACGGGACCUCAUUCUCUGAAGCUGAAAUUAUUAGAAUCACGAUCGGUAUUGCCAAGGGUUUAUUGUAUCUAAAUGAUCCAAAUUCAAGAGAUAUACCAACCACGGAACCUACAAAUGAAACAAUGUCAAUAACUCUAUCUCUUCCGAGUACAGAAGUAUUUAAUGAUUAUAACGAUGAUGAAGAAGGUAUCUCCCCAACUAAUGAAUCGGAUCAAUUGUUAUCAAACACUAGCAAUAAUCGCGAUGUGACAAAAAUCUUUACAGGUAAUUCUAUUUCAUAUGCACAUCGGAAUAUUAAACCUUCGAAUAUUUUAUUUUCAUCAGACGGCAGUCAAGUGAUAUCAGAUUUAUCUUCAACUUCUAAGUCAAACAUUCAUUUGAAGACGGGGAAACAAAUAUUAGAUUUUAAAGAGUGGAUAGAUUCAUGUUGUUCCGUGCCGUUUAUGUCCCCAGAGUUACUUGACUUGAAAAUGGGUUCUAAAAUUGAUGAAAAAGUAGACAUUUGGUCCCUCGGUUGCACAAUAUAUACAAUCAUACUUGGUGUUUCUCCAUUUGAAAGGGAAGUACAGCUUACUGGAAAAUCAAUCAGAAUGUUAAUUCUUAGUGCUAACUUUACAUUUCCUGAAGGAAUGGAAAGACAUGCUUCAAGGGAAUUAAUCGAUACAAUAAAGCAAUGUCUUCAAGUUGACCCUACCAAGAGACCAACGAUCAAUCAAUUAUUGAAUGAUUUACAAGCAUUACAAAGCACAGUAUGA